CUUUCUACUGUAUGGUAUAGACAAAUCAACGAAAUUAUUCAAGCGUCUACUUUGUUGACGGCAGACGAACGAAAAUGGAAAUGUCAAUAUGUUUUCAAAUUUGAGUUAUCUUUUUCAGCAGUUUCUGCCGCAAACAUAACUGGAAAGUUUAGCAUCUAAGAAAAAUGGAUGCAGGGUAUGGAUCAGUGAAACCUGAUGGAUUUAACCAUUUACAGGCAGAUUCAGAAACAGAUCUGAUAGCUGACCAGAAAACCAAGGUUAGAGCAAAGCAAGACUACCCAUAUUCUGUAUUUUUCAUCCUGUCAAAUGAGUUCUGCGAACGUUUCUCCUACUAUGGCAUGCGAGCUGUUCUUGUUCUGUACCUGACCAGAUGGUUAUCAUUUGAGGAGAAUCAAGCUACUUCCAUCUUCCAUGCUUUCUCAAUGAUGUGCUAUGCCAUGCCAUUGCUUGGUGCUGUUAUAGCUGAUGGUUACCUUGGCAGAUACAGGACUAUCUUAUACCUGUCAUGUGUGUACCUGGUGGGAAACCUUGUUUUGUCACUUACAGCUCUUCCACCUGCUGAAUGGUAUGGUCCAGCAGUUGGUUUGUUUCUUAUUGCCAUAGGUACAGGAGGAAUCAAGGCCUCUGUUGCUCCAUUUGGUGCUGAUCAGUUUUUACCUGGACAAGAGAAAUGGCAGAAUUCAUUUUUCUCAGCAUUUUACUUCAUGAUUAAUCUUGGCAGCAUGCUUUCAAUUAUCAUCACACCAAUACUCAGAGCUGAUGUGCAGUGUUUUGGCAAUGAUUGUUACAUCCUAGCUUUUGGUGUACCAGCAGUCCUAAUGUUCUUAUCUGUUGCAUUAUUUUUCUUGGGACGCCAUCAGUAUCAGAAGGUUCCACCUGCUGGAAAUAUCGUUGGAAAGACAUUCAAGUGCAUUUUUUAUGGUUUGAAAGAGAGAAUAAAGAACAGCAAGUAUGAAGAACCCAGAGAGCACUGGCUGUACUAUGCUGACAAAAAAUAUGACAAUGCAUUCAUAGGAGAUGUCCGCCAGCUGCUUAAAGUUUUGACAAUGUUUUUGCCACUGCCUUUGUUCUGGGCACUGAGUGAUCAACAAGGAUCAAGAUGGACACUGCAGGCUGAACACAUGGAUGGAGAUAUUGGAAUAUUUGGAACAGUGAAACCUGAUCAGAUGCAAGCAUUAAACCCUUUGUUGAUUUUAGCCUUAAUUCCAUUAUUUGAUAAGGUGGUUUAUCCGUUUCUGGACCUCUGCAAAGUAUCAAACAGACCCUUACAGAGAAUGGUUGUUGGACUGUAUAUAACUGCAGGUGCCUUUGUGUGUGCUGGGUUGGUACAACUUAAAAUUGAUAUGGCAGAGGAUACAAAUCUCACUGAUGGACAAACUGGUUUCCUUUUUCUCAAUACUCUACCAUGCAGUGUCGAUAUUAAAUCUUCUUUAUAUGAAGAUAAAAUUAGCGGUUUAUCGAUGAGCAGGUUCCUUAUGGCUGACAGUGGCAUUUACAAAAUGUCAGCCAAAUCUCACUGCAAUGGUCAGAAUUAUACAUUUGAGCAGAUUUUUGAAAGUAAAGACUCUGAAGCAUAUAGAAUGAUACUGUACUUGAAUGAUGGAAAAAUGAAAAUGGGACAAUUUCCAGAUGAAAGAGAAAAACCAAAACAUGGUAAUGCAGCAUUAAGUAUAUUUUGUACAGACAAACUAGCAGAUAGCCUAACUAUUGUAUCAAUGGGUACGGACACCUCCGCCUCAACAGACAUUGGUACGCAUAUCAAUGUGAAACCUUUCACAGUAACUAACUUUAUAGAGAUGGAACCCCUCUCACACACUACCGCAAAGUUUACUCUUAAAAUGGGAGGAGUGUAUACAGCAUUAGUAUAUGGCAAUGGUUCUAAGUCUGGUGUUCAUUUAUAUGUGGAUGUCACAGAAAACACUGUCUCAAUGGCAUGGAUGAUACCUCAGUAUGUUCUCGUCACACUUGGGGAAGUUCUUUUCUCAAUUAGUGGGCUUUCAUUUGCUUAUUCUCAGGCCCCCAUGUCGCUGAAGUCUGUUGUACAAGCUGUGUGGUUACUAACUGUAUCAUUUGGAGAUUUGAUGGUGAUAAUUGUGGCAAACAUACAUUCCAUUCCUUCCCAGAUGUAUGAAUUCUUCCUAUUUGCUGUGCUGAUGUUUUUAGAUACAUUCAUCUUCAUGAUAAUGUCCAUGUUCUACAAAUACAAAGCUAACUCUCUAGAUUAUGCUGAAUUAGGUGAAGAAUCUGAAGAAACAAAUAGUUCAAAAAGACAUGGGGACGAAGAAUUUCCACUGAAAAGCUUUACUACAUCUGCUCCUAGGCACAGUAUUUCAAUUUCUUCUCAAAAUUAAUUGUUACACACUGUAUUAUACUGUUUUAACAGGUUUUACAGUACCUCUGCAGAUGUAUUUUAAACUGAACUAGAUUUUACCUUUUUUUAACAAUAAAAAAAAAAAGUUUUGAAAAGUACUUGAGCUCUGUAUGCUUCAAUUAUAUGUGCUUGUACAUGGCAUUUUUUUCUGAAAGAGCAAUUGAAUCAUACCAAAAAGAUUAAUUAAAUUCCAUCUUGCUUUUGUUUACAUAUUGUUUAUACUACUUAAUGAAUAUUUCUCAGUUACAAAUAGAGACACUAAACUCUGCUUGUAAAGAUAUAUAGGGGACUGCCAAAUUUAUAUCAAUAUAUUUCGGAUAUUGUUCUGUCCAAGAAGCCACCAAUUUGAAAACGAGGGUCGGGACUUUGGCACCGGCAACAUUGUAAGCGGUAUAUUGUUAUAAGCAAUAUCUUUAUAAGUGGAGUUUACUGUAUGUGUUUGAAAUCCAUGAUUGAUGAUCAUCUGUGAUAUAUUGAAAACAGCGGGACUGUUAUGUUGCAAUAGUAAAAACAUGAUACUAGACUCAAUAUUAAAGUCCCUAAAUUGCUGGUGUUCUCUGGUGAAAUAUUAUAUAUCAGGGAGUCAUCUUAAGAGCAGAAUUGUUAAGUUACAGCUUGGUAAAGAUCAAAUGUUACCUAUUCACACAUACAUGUGCAAUGAGUCUUAAAAGGGAGGUAAAAAGUGAUUUAAAAAAGUGCAUUUUUUCUUCUGCUAUUU